GUCAUGGAGAUGAUUGGCAAUAUCAAAGCCAGAGACAAGUAUGAACUGUGUGUGCCUGUCUACUAUAAGAGACCUACAAGCCAAUCUGCAGAAGUUCUAAAGAAGGAAUGGAUAAUGGCCAAAUACCAACGCUUAGAAUUUACAGAUCCAGACAGACAGGCAGAUUAUAACUGCCAAGUUAAAACAGGGUUGCUCUGGAAACUGGGCCGGGACAGAAAACAGUUUGCCCGUCGCAGAUUUGUUCUGUCUCGUGUGGAUAAUAAACUCUCCUAUUAUAUAAAUGAAGAAAAUGGCAAGCAGCGGCAGCCAAAGUCUGAGGCAGACUUGGACUACCUGAAUGCUGUCUUUGUGCCAGAGAAAAUAGGCAAUCCUUUUGGUCUGCAGAUUACCUACUUAAAAGAUGGCUCAACAAGGAAUCUGUUUGUCUAUGCGGAUAAUUCUAAG